CUGUGCACGCCGAAUAACACAGCUUUCCUCUGAAGUGGGCUCUGAGGCUGUAUGUGACUCUUGAGCAGUUGUCCAAAGCGAGUGACUGAGCUAAAGGUGUGGUGAGGGUCUGUUGAUAGGACAGGGACAGGCAGUAUUACUGCUACUGCCCCUUGGUAAGUACAGGCUGUCAGUAAACGCUCGAUGAGCUUUCUGGAUGGUGUUUUAGUGAAGAGGAGGAGGAGGCGGUAGCGGCGGGGGGGAAGAGUGCUGGCAGCAUUGUGUGUGUGUAUUUUUCCAUCCUAUGUCUCGGCGUCCUCCUUUGGUGGUACUCAGAGCGAGCACUCGCAGGUGGGCUGUGAGGGGUCCUUAUCUCAUGGAGGAAGACUGAAUGACAGCCGACCAAAGCAAGCGGAAGCUAUGAAAAUAAUGGCACUUACCAAGAGGCAAUGCACUUAAACGGGGAAGUGUAUGAGAGAGCAACACAUAGUAUUCGGUUGGGAGCUGCUACUACAGAUCAAGAGGCUUCUCCUCUCUUGGUGAAACGGUCAUAUCAUGGGUUCCGUAGGAGGGGAAAGCUUCAAAGCAGGCACUCCAUUUCAGUCCCCUGAGGGUAAUGUAGUGAUGAGCUUCAGUUUUGACAGCUAUCAGAUAGAAGAUGAGGAGAAUCAUGCCAAAGAAUGCCACAGUAAAGGGAUACUUACCUUCACCGAGCCAGUUGUAGAAGAUCCAACUCCUCAGGACCGGUAUCAUGGAAUAUACUUUGCAAUGCUUCUCGCAGGAGUGGGCUUUUUAUUGCCUUACAACAGCUUCAUCACAGAUGUUGACUACCUACAUGAUAAGUACCCAGGAACAUCGAUUGUGUUUGACAUGAGCCUCACGUACAUCCUUGUUGCUCUGAUUGCUGUGAUAUUAAAUAAUGCGCUAGUGGAAAUGCUGAGCCUGCACACUAGAAUCGCUGUUGGUUAUAUUUUUGCCUUGGGUCCUCUGCUCUUUGUUUCUAUCUUUGACGUCUGGCUUGAAUGUUUCAGCACACGGCAGGCUUAUGCUAUCAACCUUGUGGCUGUGGGCAUUGUGGCAUUUGGAUGUACAGUGCAGCAAUCCAGUUUCUAUGGCUACACAGGGAUGCUUCCCAAGAGGUAUACACAAGGAGUCAUGACAGGAGAAAGUACUGCUGGGGUAAUCAUCUCACUGAGUCGCAUUUUCACGAAGUUACUGCUUUCAAAUGAGAAAGCGAAUACCAUUAUCUUUUUCUUCAUCUCCAUCGGGAUGGAGCUCAUGUGUUUUGUUCUCCAUCUGCUUGUGAAAAGGACACAUUUUGUGAGGUACUAUACUGCUCGUGCUAGAAAUGGGACACGAGAGGUCACUGAUCACCAGACUCAUGGAACUGGCUACCGGAUCCAUCACGAUGUCACUGCAGAGGAAGUAAGAUUUGAAAAUGGACCGCAUGGUUGCUCUUCUCCAGGGAAUGAAGCUGAUGUCUCCAGCAGUGGGGCAUAUGUGAGAUUUGAUGUACCCAAACACAAGAUGAAGACAAGCUGGCCAAACAUUAAAGACAUGAUAUUACACAGAUACAUUGUGUCACGGGUAAUUUGGGCCUAUAUGCUUUCCAUAGCAGUGACAUAUUUAAUCACAUUGUGUCUUUUUCCUGGACUGGAGUCUGAAAUUCGGAACUGCACUUUGGGAGAAUGGCUUCCUAUUCUGAUCAUGGCAAUUUUCAACCUCUCAGACUUUGUGGGGAAGAUCUUGGCUGCUUUGCCUUAUGACUGGAAUGGGCCUCGCUUGCUAAUGUGCUCCUGCCUCCGCGUCAUUUUUAUUCCUCUUUUCAUUAUGUGUGUAUACCCCAAUGGGAAGCCUUCGUUCAGUCAUCCAGCCUGGCCUUGCAUUUUCUCCCUCCUUAUGGGUAUCAGCAAUGGAUAUUUUGGUAGUGUUCCAAUGAUACUAGCUGCAGGUAAAGUCAGUCCAGAACAGCGGGAACUAGCCGGUAACACAAUGACAGUUUCUUACAUGACUGGACUGACACUGGGUUCUGCCGUUGCCUAUUUUGCCUACAGCCUUACUAGUAUGUCUAAAACAGUCUGUUUUCACACUGCAACUUUCAAUGACAACUUCACUGUGGGGAUCUGAUCUGGGCAAUUCAUCUACUGACAUUGCUGGUCAAAGUUUGUAAUAUGCUAAUUCUUGCAUAGUUGUUGCCAAGGAACCAGUUUCAACAGCAGCACUUAUUUAAAACAUGUUCAAUUGAUAAACAUUGAAGCCAUAACACCAAUUCAUUUUUUUUUUUACUCAGGGUUUCCAUAUCUGGCAGUUUUAAACAUUAUUUUUUCAGUUGAAAAAAGGGCACAUUUCAAUAACAGACUGAUAUCUGUUUGGUGGGUAAACAUUUCAGAGAAAGAUGAAUUUCCCUAUAUUUAUUUGAUAACAAAUGAAAGGAGAUGUAUAAUGUAUGCAGAUGUAUAAAAUGCAUAGUUUUUAAUGUUCCAGUUUAGGAAAUAAAAACUAUGUAACUGUUUAUAAAUAAAAUGUGGGUAAAUGGAAUCUGA